GAGUUUCUGGCGUGUGUCGCGCUGCUGCUGCUGCUACACGAGAGCUGCUGCUAUGCUGCUCUGCUGCUCCGAUCCGACAGUUCGGUGUAGUACCCCAGUGCGUGUCAGUGUGCGUGCGUGAGUGCGUGCUUGCCUUGCCUUGCCUUGCCUGCCUGCCUGCCUGCCUCUGCCAGUGUGUGUAUUAAAUACCUAUACAUCUUGCCGAGAAAUAAGAAAAAAAAAAUCGCGCGCGAGUGAGAGAGAGAGAGAGAGAGAGGCCAAAGGGGAACGUUAUACAGAAGAAAGGCAGCUGAGAAUAAAGAAAGAGGAUACAUCAUGCAACUGCCGAAUAUGCUUUUGUUAGUCAAGAACGUCUGGGACAAGACGCUGGGCAAAUUUUCAGCUACCCAACAGGACAAGAAGCAACAUCAACAGCAACAACCAGCUAACGCCAAAAUGGCCGCGGCGUCGAAUAAUGCAACUGCAACGUCGCCAAUAACGUCGGUGACAGGUCAGACGGUGCCAACGACAACGACGACGACGAUGACGCCCACGUUGAAUGUAACAGCGACAGCCGCCGAUACGACAACGGCAGCCACGGCAGCGUCGCAGGCGGCGGCGGUAGCAGCAGCAGCAGCAGCAGCAAAUGUUACCGCUUCUAAAAGGAGUUGCUGGAGACAAAGAACUGUACAUUUCACCAUUUUUUUAGCUGUAUUCUCCACGAUACUCACUCUCCUUUGGGUUUACACGCUGACAUCCGAAUUGAGGAGGAAAGCCUUCGACGUCAACAUGAUGCAGGUGUACAAUCUCAAUCUGUCCAUGGACAAUCCUGAAUUGGUGCGUUACAUCCGAGACAUGCAGAUGAAAAUGCCGUCGGGCCACGAGCCCCUCAACGCCACCGAGCCGAGCGACGAGGAGCAGUUCAUCGUCGCCCAAUUGCAGGGCAAGCGAGCCGGUGUUUACUUCGAGUACAUCAGCCGGAUUGGUGCUCCUUCGACCACGGCCUGGCUGGAACGGGAGCUUGGAUGGCGAGGCGUGCAGAUCUUGACGGACCCACGCAGCUUCUUCGACGCCUGCCGUAGCAGUCGCAAUCCCAAGACGCGGAUCCUGCGAUCCUGCCUCAGCUCCGAUGGCCAGACCAAAGAGAUAGCGUAUCACCAGGAGCAGGACGUGCAAGUGCAGAAGCUCGGCGAGAGCCCCAACAGUCUGGUACUGUUCAAGGAGACCAUGGUGGCGCCCAGGCUCAUCUGCUUCUCCCUGUACUCGGUGAUGCUGGCCUACAACACGACGAGCCUCGAUUAUCUCAGCCUCGACAUCACUUCCGAGGUGCAGGACGAACUGGUGCUGGACACAAUUCCGUGGGACGUGAUAAGGAUAGAAGUGCUGGCGAUUCACUGGGCGAGCCAUCACAGCGAGAUGGAAACACGUAAUAUCGUCGACAAACUAGCCGGGCACAACUACAAGCUCGUCAAGAGUCUCUCGACGGGCAAGCUAGUCUUCGUUUACAACCGACGUCUCAAAAUAUGAGCCCGAGGCGGCGUCGUUCGCAGCAAAGGCCUCGCAGCGCCAGCCCGAACAAGCAGCGGCUACACUAACCAUCGACACCGCAUUGUUGUUGUUCUAAAUUAAUAGCUUAUAAGCAUGGCUCUUAUCCCGCGUAUACGCCUACACCGGUACACCACACCCACACUGACAGCCAAUGUAACACACACACACAGACACACAUACACAUCCACAUCCCUGAACUACUUUUCCCUUUUGAACAAAGGAGGGAAAGAUCUCUGCCUCUGAAGUUUCAACUUACUUGGCCUAACUUUACGAGAUACUUACCCACUCAAAAGAGAGAUAGAUACUUCGCGAAGAUAAAUAAUUAAAUGAAGCUGCCAAGUUUUGGACUCGUAUUAGAGCCGUGUCCUGCUUACAUCGGCAUUACCUGCUGCGCGCACCUGCUUCUACCCACUCGACUCCUCGUACAUAUAGAUACGUACAAUUAAAAAUAGCUCAAACGCGCUUGUGUGUUUUUCGCGUGGGUGUGUGUAUGUGUGUGUGUGUUUGCAGUUUGCACGCGCGCGUCCGUGCCGUCGUGUACGCGUUAUACACAUCAUCUUUUUUCGCUAGAAAAUUUUUUUUUACAAAAUGCGCGCAUUUGGCUGCUUUUGUACUCGAGAUUUACGAUGCAUAAUGUCGAAAUAAACGUACGUAAUUAUACAUGUAAUUAUAGAUGAAUUAUGCUGCUUUUGUACAUACACAUUCAAUGAAUGUUGGACUCUUCGAUAAAUUGUACAUAAUAGUAAUUGUAUUAUUAACAACAAAAAGUUGUAACAUUAAUCGUGUAAAAAAAGCUCUCCAGCUUGCGUUUUACAAAAAGUUUUAUAAAAUACUCCGAUAAUUUUGCGUAGUAAUAACUAUCCCAUUUCAUAUUUACGCCUUUUUUAUAUUUUUUGUCUUUUUCGUAUAUUUUCUAGAGUUUUUAAACAUUACAAUUCGACAAACACAUGCCCUCUGUAAAUUUCCAUGAAUCACUUCAUUCCGAUCGUCGUACGUAGAAUAAUAGUAACUUGCAGAGGAAAACUGUUGUGUGCAUAAUGUAUGGUUGUGAACGGCUUUUGUAUGAAAGAUGCAACGAGUGGCUGAUGAUUCGUGAAUUUAAAUAAAUUUUAUCAUAUAAAUAAGCAAGUUACUAUAAUACCUUGACUAAUGGGCCUUACUAGAUCUGUAAGAAAGACGGUUAUCUCGAGUAGAAAAUUUCAAAACGAUAAUAUUAAGAUUACAGCUACUGUAGAUAGUACUGAGAAAAUAAUUGAUACAUCUUAAAGUAAAGAUUUGUGUAUUUAUACGUCCAUAGAAAUGGAAAAUAAUCGACUGAUCUUUAUAACGAUUGAUUUUUCAAGAAGCGAAGUUAAUGUUACAGGUUUUUGUAGGCGUGGAAGUUUAAAAAGUAUCAAAAAGCACGAACAAAUUAUAAAUAAAUAGUUUUAAAUAUUACAAAUAUAAGCAUAACUGUUAAACAUGAAAAAAUUAUGAAGUUAUUUCAUUCGUAGAUCGAUACUGAUAAAAAUCAAGUGCUGAACUAUUUUGAGCCAAAAUAGUUCCUAACAAUUUUCAUAUAAGUUUGUUAUAGUGUUACAACUGUACUCUUGUAUUAUUAAACACAGCACCACUGCGAUUUACUAUGAAAAAAACUUGUUAAAAGCUACUUACUCGCUAAGGUUUAGAAAUCUUUUGAGAUGAUAAAAAAAUGUUAUACUCGCUAGUGUAAUGGUAGCAAAUAGUAUUUUCUCGACUACUGGCACAAUUGAGUAAUAUUUAAGAUGAGAAAUCUAUAUCACAGACAAUGAAAUUAUCCAUAGCAUUUGUAGAUUUAUGAUUUUUGCAUUUUUUUAUAUAUAAUACAGAUCGUGAUUAAUGAUUGCAUUAUACAUGAGAAAAACAUUACUUGUAGAUUCGUGAUUUUCAAGCAAAAAAUAAUAAAUCCUUAUAUUUGUAAAAAA